AUGCAUCGCGCACUUCUGCUCCCCGAAAUUGUUGCAACAAUUCUGGAGACAAACAGCUCAAGCCCUGGCUUUCUACACACGUGUCUCUUCAUCUCCAAAACAUUCUCGGAAGAAGCAAGUAGAAUUCUGUGGUACGCAUGCGGAGCUUACUGCUUUGCUGAACAGGGGACGCCCAAUAUUAGACAUCUCGCUCAAAUCGCCAUUCAAAAUACUGAAAGAGCGCAGUACUAUGCCGAUUUUGUACACGUGCUUGGAUUUUCAGAAGAAGGAGAAGAAGGAGAAAAUGAUGAUGAUGGGACGUAUCUUGACGAGGCAAGGUGGCAUAAGGAACUCACUGCCUUGCGAUUUCCUCAGUUGAAAGAUUUCAGCCUUCACGAAUCGAGCAACGCGACUGGAUUGAACACGGGAGAAUUUAUCAUUCACUACGCACAACCAAACAUAGAGAGCUUUAUGGUGUACCAAGGAAGCCGCCUUUCCGAUGCUUUUUUUGACAAACUAACACACUCUUGCCCAAGAUUAAAAUCUCUUCAUCUCAGUAAAAUAAGUGGAAGUAAUCUAUCCAAAGAUGGACUUACUCAAUUUUUGAAUAGGGCGGAUGGACUUACUGCCCUCGUCAUUCAGAGUGGGGUUCACGAUAGUUGGUCCUACGAGGCAUUUGAAGCCAUAGCCAGACUUCCGAACCUGACCUACAUUGAGAUUCCUGAUGUCCAGGACAAUUGGGUCAACUCCGUCUAUCGCACGAACCCUUCUAUUUCUGUAUUUCCAAAAUUAGAUGUUCACUUGAGUACUGGUAUUUCUGAGCGUGAUUUAGAAUGCUUGGCUUACCAUGUACCUAAAUUGGAGGACCUAUCUAUUACUUUACAAAAUUUGCCUCCAUCACUUAGUAUUCUCGCAUCUGCAUCAAAGUUUUCACACCUCACAAAUCUCAAAGUCGAAUUUGGACCACGCAGUCGCAUCAGCGGUAGCGAUCUUUUACUUCUUGCACGGAACUGCCCUUUACUGUCUUCUCUUUCGCUUGGAGAAGUUGAUGAUAGCGCGUUCUCUCCGCCAGGUCCUGCAUCCCGUCCUUCAACUGCAGGUAUUACUGAUGAUGUUAUUGAAGAGGUCGCUGAAGCAUUAGGAGACAGUAUUGUCUCUUUGAGAAUCAUUUUUGAACGCUCAGAUCUGCUUACAUGGAAUUCCAUUCUUUCUCUCGCCCGGUAUUGUGACAAUCUAGGAGAUUUGACAAUAUCCUGCAACUUUAACUGGCAAGAAGCUAUGAGUGGCAGGUUCGAACACACCUUUCCUGCUCUCGAAAAUCUGGAUCUUAUUUUCGAUAGUAUUUUAAGAGAAUCGCAGGUUGCAAAUUACGACGAAGCAACGAUUCAAAGUUGUGCUCAGAAAAUGUUUGAAUUAGCACCAAAAUUAUCGUUAUUCUGGAUUGAUGGUGCAAAUAAAGGUGACAAUUGCUGGAAGUCGACUGUUCAGAAGAUAUACUACGAUAAUCUGAGUUUUCUCGAGGUCGAGGAGGAUUGA